GAAAUUUCUCCGUAUAAAUCAUUCACGUGACACAACCCCUGCAUAUAAACUCAUCUUGAAAAUUAAAUAUUUAAAAUAUUUAUUUAAGUUGAUAUUUACAUACUAAAUAAGAUAUAAACCAAUAAUUGAUAAUUCAAACAAUGGCAGUCAAAGAGAAAAAGGUCAGAGGAAGAAGAGCUCAAAAGAAAGAAACUUCUUCUAAUGAUAUAGAAGGUGAAGUUUUCAAAGUCUCCAAUGGUGAUGGUAGAGAUGAGGAUGAAGAAGAUCAAGAAAAUGGUAAAUCAAAUGAUUCAACUAUGAAAUCAACUUUCUUUGGAUUAGUUGAUUCUAAUGAAUUAGAUUAUUUCAAACAAGCUGAAUCCACUUUAAAUAUAAAUGCGUUUGAAAGUGACGAAGAAAGAAUUGGUUUUAUCAGAUCAGUGCUUGAAGAAGCUAAGGGAAAGGAAUUAAAAUUAGUUACCAAUCAAAUCUGUUCAAAAUUAAUGGAGAGAUUAAUCUUAUCAUCUAACGAUAAACAAGUGAAGAGAAUGUUUAAUCUGUUUUUAACUCAUUUCGUCGCAUUGGCUCAUCAUAAAUAUUCAUCUCAUGUAUUGGAAACCUUAUUUGUGAGAGCAGCAGCUUUAAUUGAAAAAGAGUUGAUUCAAGAUGAUCAGUUUAAGAAUGAGGAAGAUGAAGAAGAAGAGGAAGAUGAUGAUGACGAACAAAUACAAUCCACCAUGGAAGAAUUAUUCAUUAAAAUGAUAAAUGAAUUCAAACCACAUUUUUCAGCUAUGAUAGAUCAUCAAUAUUCAUCCCAUACCUUAAGAUUAAUUAUAUUGAUUGUAUCAGGUAAAGAAUUGCCAUCAACCACCACAUCAAAUUCAACUUUAAGAUCUAAGAAAUCCAAGAUUGCUCGUAAAAUGAUUGAAAUCAAAGAUAAUGAUGAUUUCAAUAAAUCAUUUCAAGUCCCACCAUCUUUCAAAUCUGAGUUAAGAUCAAUUUGUCAACAAGUUAGAUAUAAUCAAGACACUAGAAAGAUGAGAGAGUUUGCCGCUCAUAAAGUUGCCUCCCCUGUAUUACAAUUAUUAAUUCAAGUUGAAGGUAUCGUUGAUAAAGAAAGAGAAGUAUGGCAUUUAUUAUUCAAUAAAGAAAAUGCUGAUAAAGAUCCUCAAGAAGAAGCAUUUAUGGAAUAUUUGUUAAGUGAAUCUGUCGGAUCUCAUUUCUUAGAAGCAGUGGUUAAGAAUGAUGGGGUUAGAUUGAAAUAUAUUGAAAGAUUAUACAAAUUAUACAUGAAGGAUAGAAUCCUUAAAUUGGUUAAUAGAUCUACUUCAGGAGCUUAUAUUAUUCAAGCCUUAUUAUUCAAAUUAAAGCCAGUUGAAGUGGAACAUAUUCUUGAUAUAAUCAUCCCUGAAUUAUCCAAUUUAAUCAAUAAUAACUUAGAUUUAGGAAUUAAAAUCAUUGAAGCAUCUAAAUCAAGAUCUGGUUAUAGAAAAGAUGAAAUUAUUGAACAAUUAUUCUUAAAAUUCGCUCCAAAUUACAACAUCCAAGAUCCACAAAUGAAUACCAGUAGUGAAUUCUUAGAAAAUACUUUACAAUUGGCUUCAUCCACCUUAGGUAAUACCAAGGAUGAUUGGCCAACAGCCGAAGAAAGAAGAAGAUCAUUAUUCGUUCAAAAAUUAAUGGAAUACGAUUAUAAAUUCAUAAUAUGUGUAUGGUAUAAUUUCUUUGCCUUAUCUGUUGAAAGAUUUAUUCAAAUGUGUUUCCAUGGUGUAUUUAAUCACAUCAUUGAAAAAUCAUUAGUGGUUGAAAAGGAUGAACCAAAACCAAUUUUAAUCCUUAGAAAAAGACUAAUGAAUUUAUUCCAAAAUGAGAUUGUUAAAUUAAGUUGUAAUUCAUAUGGAUCUCAUAUUGUGGAUAAAUUAUGGGAUUUCACCAUCUUUUUACCAAUAUAUAAAGAUAAAAUUGCUACUGAAUUAUUUAAAAAUUCCAAAGUGGUUAAAGAAAGUACUUAUGGUAGAUUAGUAUGGAAAAAUUGGUCGAUGGAAUUAUUUGCCAGAAAGAAGUAUGAUUGGAAAACAUUAAUUAAACAACAAGAACAAGAAUUUAUUGGGGAAGAUGGUGAAAGAGUUAAGAAACCAAUCGAAUUAAAAUUAGAGAAAUUGGCUCAAGAAAAGAAAUAUAAGGAAGAACAAGCUCAAAGAGAAGCUAAUCAAGCAUAUUAUAAAUCUUCCGGUCAUGGUAAACAUGCUUUAGAUGAUCAAGAAGAAUCUUCAUUUGAAAAGAAACAAAAACUUAGAGGUCGUAGAAGAUAGAUAAAAUAGUAAGUAAAAAUAUGUACAUUAAAAUAAUAUAAUCUAGUAACUUUUUUGUAUUUACAGGAAAAGGUGAACAUGAUGAUUAAGAAUCAUCACUGUCAAUGGUAUUUAUAUGAUAUAAUUGUAAAACAUCUUUUGCAACUUCAGUUGGACUAUCAACCAUAGGAUCUAUACCAGAUUGAUUCUUAGGGAAUGCAAUAACAUCUCUUAAAUUAGUAGUACCAGCUAAUAUCGCCACUAAACGAUCAAACCCUAAGGCCAAACCGGCAUGAGGAGGACAUCCCAUACUUAAAGCUUUUAAAAGAUGACCGAAUUUUUGGUCAUAAUUAUUGAUAUUUAAGAUUUGUUUAAAGAUAUAAGUUUGUAAUGCUGGAUCAUGAACUCUUCGAGAACCACCACCUACUUCACAACCAUUCAUGACGAGAUCAUAAUGUUCUCCUCUAACUUUUAUAGGGUCCGACAGUAAUAAAU